GUGAUGUUUUCUCUUGUGUAAUCAAUAAAGUCAGAAAACUAGUCCAAAUGCCGUUCAGGAAUGCAGCAGUGGGGCUGCGUGAUGAACGCAUGACGCAGCGCGUCUAUUGGCUGUUUAAACUCCAGCGCGUCCGAUUGGCCUGAGACGAAUUUUAGGAGUGAUGGAGCAGGAGUGGGAGCAGGACGUGAGGAUUUAAUUUAGUCUGAACAGGUCGAGAAUAUACUACGUGAACUGACCCAGGGCCGCUGCAUGGGUGCUUUCACUUGCAUUGCCUAUCCACUGAACCCGUGAACGAGCACUUUUUACCCCUGGGUUUAUUUACUGGCACGGGAAGCAUGCACCUUGCGCUUCUGCUGACUCUGGGCUUCGGGUUCGCGUUUGCGUGUCAGUUGCCCAGCGAGUGGAGACCACUGAGCGAGAGCUGUCGAGCUGAACUCGCCGAGAUUAUCGUGUACGCCAAGGUGCUGGCCAUCCACGAGGAGCCGUACGCGCCAAGCCUUUACAAUUACCUGUCGUACCAGAAGCACAAGCGCGCGGAGGACGCGCUGCUGUACGCGGCGGAGGUGGAGCUGCUGUGCGACCAGGCGUGGGGCAGCAUGCUGGAGGUGCCCGCGGGCUCGCGCCUCAACCUCACGGGACUCGGGUACUUCAGCUGUCAGUCACACACGGUGAUGGAAAACAACUCCUACAUUUUCUUUCUCAGGAUGGAUGAAAACUACAACAUCCUCCCUCAUGGAGUUAACUUCCAGGAUGCCAUAUUCCCUGACACGCUGGAGAACAGACGACUGUUUUCCAGCCUCUUCCAGUUCUCAAACUGCUCUGGUGGACAGACAAUACACGACUUUAAUAGUGAUUGGGAGAGCCAGGAAGACAGCAGGCUGCUGUGUUCCUCAGUGCAGAAGGUGUUGUUUGAGGAGGAGGAGCGGGUGGGACAGCUUGAGGAGCGCGUGGCCGAGCUGGAGAGGAGGAACGACCGGUUAAAAGAACGAGUGGGGAAACUGAGGCAUUCUCUGAGGAAGGCCCGAAAAGUUUCCCGCCAUGCUGAACGGGAGUACCAGGAGCUGCAAGAACGCCUGAAGACGGCGGAGAGACACUGUUGGACAGAUAUGCACAUUCUGCUACCCAUCACCGAUGUUACACAACGCUUCUACGUCAGCAUACAACAGCGCUCAGCCAACUCACCAGACUGCCACCCUCUCUUUUCCUCUCUGUCUAGAUCUGCAUUCUUCAUCUUCCAGUUCGCCGUGAUCUGGUUUGUGGCCUACCAUGCCAUCCUUUAUUCUUAUCGCUUUACAGAUAAAGUUUUGCGCAUUCAUGUGUCAGAACAUUGAGCUCAUCGAAACAGAGCUGAAGUGAAGGACAGUACAGAAGUCACUUUAAUACGUGAGCAAGAGAUCAGACUGUCCACUGCUGUUUAAUCAAAGAGUAAAAACACAAAAUACAGCGUUUUUUAUUGCAGAAAUGCCUGAGGAUCUGAAAGAUGAGCAUCAGAGAUGUUUUGAAUUUGUCUUACGCUUAUAUUUUCUUUCCACCCUCUCUCUGACCCUUUGAAUCAAACAGGCCUUUUUUGUUACUGUACUUUUAAGACUUCAAUAUGUAAAUUACCUCUCUUAUGAGGGGCUAACCUCUUCGCAUGUGAAAUGAGCUAGCGACACCCUCACUAGGUUGCUGAAUACUGAUAAGGAGAUGACGAUCUGGGCGGUAAUAUAUUAAAGUCACAGUUCACUCAAUUCUGACAUGACUGAAGAGCAAGGACCACAGACACCAUCAAAAGUGACACUAAAGACAUUUAUAAUGUUUUAAAAGACUUGCUGUUUCAAAUAAAUGCUGUUCGUUUGAGCUUUGUAUUCAUUAAAGAAUCCUGAAAAAACUCUUUCAUGGUUUCCACAAAAAUAUUAAGCAGCACAACUGAUGAAAAGUCUUACCAACCCCAAACGUUUGAAAGGUGUACAUACAUAAACAACUGGAUAUUUGUCUGUUAAAAUGUACAGAAUGAACAG